UCCUGUUUGUAUUUUGCACUUCCUAUGAAUAACACCGCCUCUGAUGGUAUAGGUUGCUGUGUGUUUAGAUGCUGUGUGAAUGACUUUAUAAUAUUAUGAAUUGCUGCGGUGUGCAGAAGUAAAUUACAAAUCUUCGGAAACCAUGUCGGCACAGGGGGAUUGUGAAUUUCUGGUGAAAAGAGCCAGAGAGCUAGUGAAUGAAGAUCCGUGGGCUGCCAAAGCCUGGCUCAUCACAGCGCGCACGCUGUAUCCAUCUGAUUUUAACAUUCAGUAUGAAAUGUAUAUCACCGAGCGCAAUGCUGAGAGGACUGCGUCAGCUGGAAGGCUUCUUUAUGACAUGUUUGUACAUUUUCCUGAGCAGCCAGUUGUGUGGCAGGAGAUCAGCGUCAUCACAGCAGCAUUAAGAAAUGAUUGUCAGGAUAAACAGACUCAGUUUUUACGAGGUUUGUUUGAGACCUUGCCUGGCAGAGUGCAGUGUGAAAUGCUGCUCAAGGCCACUGAGCAGUGCUUCAACACGCUGGAGAAAGCAGAGAUGCUGCUGUUGCUGCUGAGACGCUUCCCUGAGUCUGUGGUCCAGCACGGGGUCAGUCUUGGGGAGACACUGUUGGAGGCUGAAAAUAUUGAAGAUCAAGAAACACCUGUUAAUUGCUACAGAAAGUUAUUUGUUUGUGAUGUUCUCCCUCUGGUCAUCAACAAUCCCGACAUGCGCUUGCCUGCCAGUCUUCUGUAUAAGUACCUGCACAAGGCGGCUGAGUUUUACAUUGCCUACGUCACCAAGGCUCCUUCUGCAGAGAGCCAGCAUCAAGGUUCUCAGGAUACAGCAACCCUGAAGUCCCCCACCAAGCGCAGCUCCCAGAAGUACAUCAUUGAGGGGCUGACAGAGAAGUCCUCCCAGAUUGUGGACCCCUGGGAGAGAUUGCUGGAGAUCCUGUCUGUGGUGGGAGUCCGGUGUGAGUGGCAGAUAGACAAAGGCAGCAGGACAUUUGUAGACAUUCUACACCGAAUGAAAGAACUCUGCAGAUACAUCAGUAACUUUGACAAUGAGGCACACUUGAAGUACAAGAACCAGGUGGUGUACUCAACCAUGCUGGUCUUCUUCAAAAAUGCUUUCCAGUAUGUCAGCAUGAUACAAGCCCCCCUCUUUCAGGGACCCAGCACUCCCAUCCAAGCAACCUGGAUCCUGCUCGAAGACCUCUCCAAUGUAUAUAGUGAUGUAGAUGUAGACCGCAACAAACACAUUCACAAGAAAAGGAAGCUUGCUGAUGGCAGAGAAAAAACAAUGAGUUCCGAUGAUGAGGAUGGUUCUGGUAAGGGCCGCGGGCGUCACAUUGUGAUUAACAAGGCAGAACUCCCCAACUCUAUUGAGAUGCUGGAGAGCUUCAGAAUUGCCCGGGAGAGCUGGGAGCUGCUGCAUUCCCAAGAGGCUCUGGAAAAUGAGUUCACAAGAAUCUGCUUGUCCUGGAAGACUGACUCCUGGCUUUGGAUGAGGAUAUUUUUGACUGACAUGAUAAUCUAUCAGGGUCAAUACAGAAAAGCGAUUGGCAGCCUCCAGCAGUUGGCAUCAUUCCAGGCACUUCAGCAACAGGUCCCUGCUCAGGGGUCCUUGGAGCAGCACAGAGCCCUCAUCCAGCUUGCGUCCUGCCAUUAUGCACUUGGAGAGUAUCGGUUGACCUGUGAGAAGGUGCUGGAAGUGAUCUGUCAUGUGGUACCACAGGCUCAGGAUCCUGGGCGGGCCCCGGAAGAGGUGGCAAAGGUGAAAAAAAAGUAUCGGAAAGGUACAGAUCUCAGACUGCUCCCCUGUACAAGUAAAUCCAUCAUGCCUUACUGCCUGCAGUUGGUGUUGGCUUGCUUCAAGCUUCGAGCAUUCACAGACAACAGGGAUGACCUAGCUUUAGGCCAUGUCAUUGUCCUCCUGCAACACGAUUGGCCAAGGGGGGAAAGCCUGUUUCUUAAAGCAGUGGACAAGAUCUGUCAGGAGGGAAACUUCCAGUAUGAGAACUUUUUCAAUUACGUCACAAAUAUUGAUAUGCUUGAAGAGUUUGCUUAUCUCCGAACCACCGAAGGAGGAAAGAUUCACCUGGAGUUGCUGCCGAAUCAAGGGCUUCUCAUCAAGAACCCUAGCCCUUCCGUGGGGUUACUUCCGCAGGAGUUUAUUCCUGUCCUGCUGCCCGGUUUACAGACUGCCGACAGGCACCACACCGUUACACGUGGGAUCACCAAGGGGGUAAAGGAGGACUUCCGGCUGGCCAUGGAGCGGCAGGUGUCGCGCUGCGGGGAGAACCUGCUGACCGUGCUUCACCGCUUUUGCAUCAAUGAGAAGAUCAUCCUCAUCCAGACCCUCGCAUAAGAGGGCAGCAGUGCAGGCUCAAAGGCUGGUUUACACACACUCACUCUUACCUGUAUGUAAUCCUCUAUAGAAGCUAAUAUUUGAAACAUUAUUUGUGUUAAAGGUGUAUGUUGUGCUACUGACAUCUACGUUUUGGUUUAUGCUACUUUUUAGUAUGAAACAAUGAAUGUACAACAAAGCUGCAUGUACUUAAUUCUGACUAGACAUAUGGGAUCAUAUGGGUUUCCUCCAGUCUUAAUUAACUCUUCAAAUAAGUUACCUAAACACCAGCCUCAUUGAAAAGAAACAAUAAAAAUCUAAAUAAGAAAAUUGAAAAA